UUGAAUUCCUGUUUCAGGCAACAGGGUUCGGCGUGAAAACUUUGGGACUCAUAUUUUGUACAUUAUCGACAUAUUUAAUUAAUAACAAUGUUUAAGAAAUUUGAAGAUAAAGAGUCGAUAUCGGGUGUAAAUAAUGCUAAAUCAUCAGUAGUAAAAGCCAUUCGCAAUUCACUGUUAGAACAGUUUCCACAUAUUGAAUCUUGUCUAGACCAAAUUAUAGCCAAAAAAGAAGCUAUUAAAAUAGUCAAGUGUCAUGAUCAUAUAGAAAUACUAGCUGCACAGAAUGGAGAUUUGAUAUUUUAUAGACAGAGGGAUGGCCCUUAUUGUCCUUCUUUACGUCUUCUUCAUAAAUACCCUUUUAUAUUACCCCACAUGCAGGUAGAUAAAGGAGCUAUAAGAUUUGUAUUAAGUGGAGCUAAUAUAAUGUGUCCAGGCCUCACAUCUCCUGGAGCUAAAAUGACAAAAUUAGACGCCAAUAAAGUAGUUGCUAUAAUGGCCGAAGGUAAAGAACAUGCUUUAGCUGUAGGUAUGACAAAGAUGUCCACAGAAGAUAUAUUAACCAAAAAUAAAGGUAUAGGAGUUGAUAAUCUUCAUUUCUUAAAUGAUGGUUUAUGGAAUAUGAAACCGGUUAAAUAACAUCUUUAGAUAAAAUUAAUAAAUUAUAUGAUUAAAUCAAUUAACAGAUCUGGAAAUAAUUAUAUGUCAAAAUAUUAAAACACUUUCCCCUUAAACAGAUUAUAAGACAGAAGGCCAGUUUUCAUUACUUGAAUCCUAGACAAAUAAGCACUAUUAUAGAUUAUUACAAAGCAGUAUGUUACAUAAUCUCUUGCCAUUGUAAGUAAAACUAGUUACUAUCGUCAUUAAACGCAAUCUGAUUAAAACACAGAUCCUAUUUUGUUUCGUUUUUUAUAGUUCAAAAUUUCGUUUCACUUUUCUUUACUACACUAGGAUCUGGAAGAGUUGUUAUAUAACCUGCGUUCAGGUUAAUGGGAGGGAUUAGCUAAUGAAACGGUCUGUUAUGAUGGAUGCACGGAACUGUGGUUGAACCACUAGAAGCGUCAACGCUGGUUGAUUAAUCAUCGUCUGAUGUCAUAGGGUCAAAAGCCGCUUGUAUGACCUCUGAUGCCACCUCCCACUACAAACUUUGAGAUUAUCAUGUAUUAAAUAGUAUAGGCCAUCGAAAGUAUAAUAAAACGAAACGAAAUAUAGAUCUGUAUUUUAAUCAGAUUGUAUUACACGCAUAAUAUCAUGAAUGCUGCAAUACCUGAUAAUCAAGAAUAAACAAUACUUGAUAAUCAAGAAUAAACAAUACGUGAUAAUCAAGAAUAAACAAUACCUGAUAAUCAAGUAUAAACAAUACCUGAUAAUCAAGUAUAAACAAUACAUGUACCUGAUAAUCAAGUAUAAACAAUACUUGAUGGAAUCAAGCUUUUAAGUUAAUGCAGUGAUUCUCAACAAGUGUAUCGCAAGAUCUUCUUAAGUGUGCAGCGAAAUUUUUAACGGCACACUAAGAAAAUGCAAAAAAAAACCACGUGAUCCGAAGUGGUUCAUAGCUGUGUUUUUCUGUAUUUAGUUUGAGUCAAUCUAUGUUUCUAUGGCUUUAGUCUGUGUCUACGGUUGUAUGCCGUCUGACUUGCCAUUUUUUUUAUUUUGCAAAAUUCAGAUAUUUUUCAUAUAUAUUUAGCCAGGUGUGCCGUUAUUUUUUGUGUGUUCCAAGGUGUGCCGUUGGCAAAAAAGGGUUGAGAAUCCCUGAGUUAAUGAAUCUAAAAAAGAAAUUAGAUAUGUAGAAGUGUAUCUUAGAAUACCUGCAUGUUUGAUGUACAGGUAUUUCAGACCCCCCACUGUCUUUAUUCUGUCCUGUUAUCCCCUUUAUAUAUUGAACUCUUCCUUGAAGAUCGGUAUUACUCUAUAUGACUAAGCCAGUUUUAGAUCAGUUUAUUGUUAAUAAAAAAGGGUGUUAGAAUUGUCAUUUAUUUAUUUCCAGAUAUUUAAACACUUAAAUUGUAUCAAUUUACUAAAUUUGUCAGCCAUCAAAAAAUUGACACAAAUAGAAAUUAUUCAAAAAUUUGAAAACUAGGGUGAUCACAUUUUCUCUUCUGCCUACAUUACAUGUAGUUAUAAACAAUUUCAUUCUUGGUAACAUUGUUAAAAAUCAAAUGGUUCACAUAUAUCACAAAAAUAUAUCAAAACUGUUGUAAUUAUCCUGCAUAAAGAAUGUUAAGUCUUGUAUUGAAUACAUGAAGCUAAAUUAUUGCUACUUUAUUUUCCAUAGAUGGUUUGUAUACAUGUUAGCGCUGUUAAUCAAAUGUUAGUGCUGUUAUUAAAGAGGUGUUAUCACUCUCAUCCAGAAAAUAUAUAUAUCAUAUUCAAAACAAUCUUAGACUUUAUGGCAAGGUAUUUUGGUCCAAGGUUAAACCACCUAUAUCUCAGCCAUGGUUUGCAAGGUAUUUUGAUCCAGGGUUAAACCACCUAUAUCUCAUCCAAAUGAAAAAGACCAAUAUAUAACUGUAAGAGUCAAAUCACCUUUUAUAGAAAAAAGAUUUUUGUUACAAGGUAAUGUCUUGUUAAUUCCGAGAUUUAAUUAUUAAUGAAAGAUGUUACUUUUCUUUUGGGCAUCGGUAAAGAUACCAUGCUGUAUCUCUGGAAGUAUUUUUACAUACCAGAAUUAUGAGAAACCUUACAAUUAAAUGUAUUAAAAGAUAAUGAAUGAUAUACUACUUUAUUGUUUACAAUUAUCUACAUAAAUUAUGUUAAUAUAAAAGAAUAAAUAUUCAUUAUUUAAUCAGA